AAUGAGAUGAUUAGUGCAUCAGACUGGAUUUUUCGGGGACUCUUGGGCGGCAUGUCGAACGCAGAUAACCAGUCGGAGGUUGCAUUGGAACACUGCUCCAAGAGCAAUUGGGGGAAUGACGACGCACACAGCGUCGCCAACAAAACUGCAUGCAAGCUCGUUGCGGCGGGUUUGCAAUAUAUAUCUAAAAUUCAGGAUACAUAUAAAUUUGACCCAAAGGGGAACAAUAAUAAUUUAAACCCUUAUGAUAACCAAGAGUAUAAACAAUUAGUUGCUUGUUUAAUGUUAAAGAGGGUCGCAGAAGAAAUGAAAAGAAGGAGCAAAAUUUGCAACAUAGACGAAGGUAUUGAGACCGCUUUUAGUGCAGCACCCCAAAUUAAAAGCAAACAUUGCAAUAAUGGUAAACCCUGCUUUGUCUGUAAACUGGACGAAAAAUAUGAUGACUGCCACUUGGACACUGCAAAGGAGGUCAAGGUGAAGCCCAAGUUGGAAUCAUUACUCACAGGAGAGGGGACCACCGUCAAUAACACCCUCACGGAUUUACUUAAAACCGACGGAAAAGAUGCUUCCUUAUGUUCUCGCCUUCAAUGUUUAGCCUCAAAAGUAGAAGCACUUAAAUUACAGCAAUCAUCCCAGAGCAAUGCG